CAGAGUUCCCCGAGGAGGGUACCUGGCAGGAGCUGGGGAGGAGGUGCUGGAGCGGGUGAUGCUGUGCCUACCUCUGUGACUGGAUCGUGCUGGAACCACACCAUGGAUAGAGGCAAGCAGCUAAAGGCCACCCUUGUUUUCAGCCUGCCACUUGUUUUUCAGUUCUGUGCUGGGAACGUCACUUAUGACUAUGACUCCAACAGCACCAUCGACUACAGCAUGUUCGAGUCCCUGUGUGAGAAGCAGGAGGUCCGUGAUUUCCGUGCUGCCUUCCUCCCAGCCAUGUACAGCCUCAUCUGCUUCCUGGGGCUGCUGGGGAACGGGCUGGUGAUGCUCACCUACAUCUACUACAAGAGGCUGAAGACCAUGACAGACAUGUUCUUGCUGAAUCUGGCUGUGGCAGACAUCCUCUUCCUGCUGACCCUUCCCUUCUGGGCCACAAGUGCAGCCACAUAUUGGCUUUUUGGAAGCUUGGCCUGCAAAGCCAUUUACUGCAUCUGCAAAAUGAGUUUCUUCAGCGGGAUGCUGCUCCUCCUGUCCAUCAGCAUCGACAGGUAUAUUGCCAUCGUCCAGGCAGCCUCAGCCCAUCGCCUGCGGCCCUGGAUGAUGCUCAUCAGCAAGGUGACCUGUGCCAUCAUCUGGCUCCUGGCCUUCAUCCUCUCCAUCCCUGAGCUGGUUCACAGUGGUGUGAACAACUUGGACAGCAAUCCCCGUUGUUCCAUCAUUGCUAAUGACUUGCAGACCUUCAACACUGGCAUCAAAGUAUCCCAAAUGGUGUUUGGCUUCUUAAUUCCCCUCCUGGUCAUGUCUUUCUGCUACCUCAUCAUCAUCAAAACGUUACUCCAGGCCCGCAACUUUGAGAAGAACAAAGCCAUCAAGGUCAUCAUCGCCGUGGUCAUCGUUUUUGUCGUCUUCCAGCUGCCCUACAACAGCGUCAUGCUGGCCAAGACCAUCUCAGCCUUCAACCAGACCAGCUCAUGUGAGGAGAGCAAGAAGCUGGACAUGGCAGACGACGUGACCUACACCCUGGCCUGCUUCCGAUGCUGCCUCAACCCCUUCCUCUACGCCUUCAUCGGCAUCAAAUUCCGCACAGACCUCUUCAAGCUGCUGAAGGAGCUGGGCUGCCUGAGCCAGGAGCGCCUGCGGCAGCUCACCUCCUGCCGCGACAACAAGAGGUCCUCCUUCGCCAUGGAGACAGAGACAACCACCACCUUCUCCCCGUGAGCCCAGCUCCAGGCACGCUCUGCUCGAGCUGAAAUGGUUUUGGACAUUUUCUCUAGUCUGGACUCCUGGCAGAGCAAGACCUACCACACCGCAGAGAAGUCGAGGGGAAAAUCCAGAAGCCUCCCCCUGUUUCAAGCAGCAAGGACUGCUGGCCAAUAUCCCACGGGUGGAGAGACUUUACAACAGAGCUGUCACUAACAGUAAAGCAAGGGAAAGGUGGUGAGUCUACAAUUUCUCCUGUCAUUUCACCUUCAGCUUGGUAUUUCCCUGUCAAAAUGAGAAAUGCUCAAAAUAGAACAUUUACCCUAAAAGCGACAAGCACCAAAGGAAAACAGAGGUUGGUGGAGCAGAACUGUUGUUUGGAGCUGAGCUGCCAAGGGCAUCACCCUUGCUGUGGAUGUUGCUUUUAACAAGACAACAGCUCUGCAAUCCCACAGAAAUGCCCUUGCACUGAGUCAGUCCAAGGCAAACCUGCAGCCACAGCCUCGGACUCAAUCCAACAGACAAUCCCAGCUGCAGAGGAUCCAAGCAUAUGACUGC